GCGACAGCUCAAACAAAUAAAUAUAAACAACGUAAAGCGGUGUUAGCAUAGUCUCGUACAAAUCACAUACUAAUCCAUAAAAAUAUUGAGUUUCGUUUGAAAAAAAAGCAAGAUGUUGGCCGCAACGAAUGCAAAUGGAAUCCCGGACAAGGCCUGGCAACCAAAUUUUGUCAUUUUAGAAACAUCUCAAGGAGAAAUAACCAUCGAAUUGUAUUGGAAGCACGCCCCGAAUACUUGCCGUAAUUUCGCUGAAUUGGUACGAAGAGGCUACUACAACAACACAGUCUUCCAUCGAAUUAUUCGAGAUUUCAUGAUUCAAGGCGGUGACCCGACCGGAACGGGUCGUGGUGGUGCGUCAAUUUACGGUCAUACAUUUGCCGAUGAAAUUCAUCCAGAUCUCAAGCACACCGGUGCCGGUAUACUUUCAAUGGCCAAUUCCGGACCCGAUACGAAUGGCUCACAAUUUUUCAUCACACUGGCACCGACACAAUGGCUCGAUGGAAAACACUCAAUUUUCGGACGCAUCCACAGUGGAAUGCAAAUUGUGAAGCGCAUCGGCAUGGUGGAAACUGAUAAAAAUGAUCGUCCCGUUGAAACAGUUAAAAUUAAUAAAGGAAAAGUCGAGAAAUUUUAAACUGUCGACUGGUUUUUUUUUAUGUAAUUUUGACUUGAAAUUUGAUUAAAUUGUGCAUUUGAUA